GCCGGAGCGCGGGGGGUUGUGGGUAACGCUCCCGGUUGGGAGCUCUGCGGAGAGCGCUCGGCCGGGGCCGGGCCCCCCGUGCUGCGCUGGGCCGGGCCUGCUCGGGCGGGCCCCGCACCCAACGGCCGCGGGUCUGCGGGUGCUGAUACCGCCCGUCCGCCCCGCGCCGGCCGCAGAGAUAAGGGGCAGGGAGACGUUGGUUUUCACCAUGAAUUUUGAAGGUCUCGACCCCUCCCUUGCUGAGUAUGCUCCCACGUUGCACCCGGCGCUGGAUCCCGUGCUGGACCCCCACCUCAACCCCAGCCUGCUGCAGAACGUGGAGCUGGAUCCCGAGGGGGUGCCCUUAGAGGGCAUCGCGGUGCCAGAGUCUGUGCACAUCGUGGAGGGCAUGUACAGCGAGCUGCACACCGCCGUCUCCGAAGUGGGCGUGCCCGUCUCCGUCUCCCAUUUUGACCUCCAUGAAGAAAUGCUGUGGGUUGGGAACCAUGGGGGCCACGCCACCUCGUUCUUUGGCCCAACGCUGGAGCGGUACUCCUCCUUCCAAGUGAACAGCAGCGAUGACAUCCGGCAGAUCCAGAGCCUGGAGAGUGGGGUCCUUUUCCUGACCAAAACCAACCUGAAGUGCAUGUCACGAGGAGGCCUCAUCAUAUUUGACUACCUCAUGGAUGAGGCUGAGGACAUGCACAGCCUCCUGCUCACGGACAGCAGCACUCUGCUGGUCGGCGGACUGCAGAACCACGUGAUCGAGAUAGACCUCAACACCGUGCAGGAGACGCAGAAGUACACCGUGGAGGUACCUGGCAUCACCAUCAUGAGGCAAUCAAACCGCUUCUUUUUCUGCGGACACACCUCGGGGAAGGUCUCCUUGAGGGAUCUACGCACGUUUGUGGUGGAACACGAGUUCGAUGCCUACUCAGGCAGCUUGUCUGAUUUUGACGUCCACGGGAACCUGCUGGUGACCUGCGGCUUCUCCAGCCGGAUGAACGGCCUGGCCUGCGACCGCUUCCUGAAGGUGUACGACCUGCGCAUGAUGCGAGCCACCACCCCUCUGCAGGUCCACAUCGACCCCUUCUUCCUCCGCUUCAUCCCCACCUACACCUCCCGCCUGGCCAUCAUCUCCCAGACAGGUCAGUGCCAGUUCUGCGAGCCCACCGGCCUCGCCAACCCGGCCGACAUCUUCCACGUGAACACCGUGGGGCCUCUGAUCAUGACCUUCGACGUCUCGGCCAGCAAGCAGGCCCUGGCGUUUGGCGACUCCGAGGGUUGCGUGCACCUCUGGGCCGACUCCCCGGAGGUCACCUUCAACACUUACUCCCGGGAGACCGACUUUGCUCUGCCCUGCAUUGUCGACACGCUGCCACACUUGGACUGGAACCAGGACCUCGUGCCCCUCUCGCUCAUCCCUGUGCCGCUGACCAGCGAGACCCUGCUGUCGGACUGGCCUGCCGCCAACUCGGCCCCGGCACCCCGGCGAGCUCCUCCAGUAGAUCCUGAGAUUUUACGCACCAUGAAGAAAGUGGGGUUCAUUGGCUACGCUCCAAACCCGAGGACCAAGCUCCGCAACCAGAUCCCCUAUCGGUUAAAAGAGGCAGACAACGAGUUCGACAGCUUCAGCCAAGUUCCCGAGUCCCCGAUUGGGAGGGAGGAGGAACCUCACCUCUACAUGGUGGCCAAGAAGUACAGGAAGGUCACAAUCAAAUACUCCAAACUGGGGCUGGAAGAUUUUGAUUUCAAGCAUUAUAACAAGACACUGUUUGCAGGCCUGGAGCCCCAUAUCCCCAAUGCCUACUGCAACUGCAUGAUCCAGGUGCUGUAUUUUUUGGAGCCUGUCCGCUGCCUGGUCCAGAACCACCUGUGCCAGAAGGAGUUCUGCCUGGGCUGUGAGCUGGGCUUGCUCUUCCACAUGCUGGAUCUGUCCCGAGGAGACCCUUGCCAGGGAAGCAACUUCUUGCGGGCUUUCCGCACAAUCCCAGAGGCUUCAGCACUGGGGCUGAUCCUGGCUGACUCAGACGAAGCCACAGGGAAAGUGAACCUGGGGCGGCUGAUUCAGAGCUGGAACCGUUUCAUCCUGACCCAGCUGCACCAGGAGACUCAGGAGCAGGAGGGACCACAGGCUUAUCGGGGGGCUGGCAGCAGCACCUUUGGGUCCUCGGGGGACUCGGUUAUCGGGCAGCUGUUCAGCUGUGAGGUGGAGAACUGUAGCAUGUGCCGCUGCGGAAAGGAAACCGUCCGUGUGUCCUCCACGCUGCUCUUCACCCUCUCCUACCCUGAGAGCACUGAAAAACCAGCGAAAGACUACGAGUUUGCCCAAAUUUUAAAGCGAAGCAUCUGCUUGGAGCAGAACACGCAGGCCUGGUGUGAGAACUGUGAGAAGUACCAGCCCACGGUCCAGACCCGGAAUAUCCGCUGCCUUCCAGAUGUCCUGGUCAUUAACUGUGAGGUGAACAGCUCCAAGGAAGCAGAUUUCUGGAAGACACAGGCUGAGUAUGCCUUUCAGAGAGCCAUGAUGAAGAGAGGAGGCUUUGAGAUCACCAAAGGCAAAGAAAUCUCUCUUGGAGACUGGAAGGAACUGGGAAACCCCGAGGUGGGGCAUUCGUAUCCUUCCGUGGAGGAACUGAAGAAUAUUUGGAUCCCCCACGCCAUCAAGAUGAGGCUGACCAAGAAUAAGGAGCUAGAUGUGUGCAACUGGAGCGAAAGCGAUGAGCUGUGUCCAUCCGACGACCCCGAGUCGGUGUAUGUCUACGAUCUCAUGGCCACGGUUGUCCACAUCCUGGAUUCCCGCACGGGGGGCAGCCUGGUGGGUCACAUCAAAGUGGGAGAGACCUACCACCAAAGGAAGGAGGGAGUCACGCACCAGCAGUGGUAUCUCUUCAACGACUUCCUCAUUGAGCCUGUGGAUAAGUGCGAGGCGGUGCAGUUUGACAUGAGCUGGAAGGUGCCCGCUAUCCUGUACUAUGCCCGGAGGAACCUCAACUCCAAGUACAACCUCGUCAUCAAGAACCCAAUUGAAGCCAGCGUACUGCUGGCAGAGGCCUCUCUGGCUCGCAAGCAGCGCAAGUGCCAUGCCACCUUCAUCCCCCUCAUGCUGAGUGAGAUGCCGCAGGCGGGUGACCUGGUGGGGCUGGAUGCCGAGUUUGUCACGCUGAACGAGGAGGAGGCUGAGCUGCGCAGUGACGGGACCAAAUCCACCAUCAAGCCCAGCCAGAUGUCGGUGGCCAGGAUCACGUGCGUGCGGGGCCAGGGCCCUAAUGAGGGCGUGCCCUUCAUUGAUGACUACAUCUCCACCCAGGAGCAGGUGAGCUGGGUGUCUCGCGAAUGGGCCAAGCGGGCGGCGCUGCCCUCCCAUGUGGUGACGAUGUUGGACAACUUCCCCACCAACCUGCACCCCAUGUCCCAGCUCAGCGCCGCCAUCACCGCCCUCAACAGCGAGAGCAAAUUCGCGCGCGCUUACGCCGAGGGCAUCAACCGCGUCAAGUACUGGGAGUUUGUCUAUGAGGACGCCAUGGAUCUGAUCGCCAAGCUGCCCUGCGUCGCCGCCAAGAUUUACCGCAACCUUUACCGCGAGGGCAGCAGCAUCGGCGCCAUCGACCCCAACCUGGACUGGUCCCACAACUUCACCAACAUGCUGGGCUACACCGACCCCCAGUUCAUCGAGCUGAUGCGCCUCUACCUCACCAUCCACAGUGACCACGAAGGGGGCAAUGUCAGCGCCCACACCAGUCACCUGGUGGGCAGCGCGCUGUCCGACCCCUACCUCGCCUUCGCUGCUGCCAUGAACGGGCUGGCCGGGCCCCUGCACGGUCUCGCCAACCAGGAGGUGCUGCUGUGGCUCACGGACCUGCAGAAAGAGCUGGGCCAGGACGUGUCGGACGAGAAGCUGAGGGAUUUCAUCUGGAACACGCUCAAUUCGGGUCGGGUGGUGCCGGGCUACGGGCACGCCGUGCUGCGGAAGACGGACCCGCGCUACACGUGCCAGCGGGAGUUCGCCCUCAAGCACCUCCCCAAGGACCCCAUGUUCAAGCUGGUGGCUCAGCUCUAUAAGAUCGUCCCCAACGUGCUGCUGGAGCAGGGCAAGGCCAAGAACCCGUGGCCCAACGUGGACGCACACAGCGGGGUGCUGCUGCAGUACUAUGGCAUGAAGGAGAUGAAGUACUACACGGUGCUCUUCGGGGUGUCCCGCGCGCUGGGCGUCCUCUCGCAGCUCAUCUGGAGCCGGGCUCUGGGCUUCCCCCUGGAGCGCCCCAAAUCCAUGAGCACCACGGGGCUGAUGCAGCUCGUGGGCUACAAGUCCGGGAUCCGGCCGGGCUCCCCUGCCAGCGAGCACCAACCUUCCUCCUCUCCAGGGCAGGCAGAGCUGACCCGGGAGCUCCUCCAUCGCGGGCACAGGAGCUGGAGCCCUCUGGCCUUGCAGAGUUAAGAGGAACGAAGGGUUUUU